AUGGGACCGAAGAAAGAACUGAAGAAGUACGAGCUAAACGAUAAAGUUAUGUGUAAACAUGGGCUGUUCUACUACGAAGCGAAAAUAACUGAAAUCACAGAGCAGGAUGGGGAACCGCUUUACGUUGUCCAUUAUCAGGGUUGGCACAAGAGAUACGAUGAGAGAAUAACGCAGAGUGAGACAUCGGACAAGUUUCUGCCUUUCACACCUGAAAACGUAGCCAAAUGUAAAAAAGAAAUUCAAGAGGCUCAGUCAUCCAAAGUUAAAAGAAGAAAAACCAAGGACGGUAAUGACGACGAUGGCAGAAAAAGCGACGCAGGCAGUCGUGCAUCCACACCCAAUAGCGUUGCUCGAUCUGCUUCAGUAUCCACUCCUUUACGAAGUAAGCUUAGUCUAUUUUUUACUCUUCAAAUUGUAGACUAA